AUGGGUCGGAAGAAGAUUCAGAUCACUCGCAUCAAUGAUGAAAGAAAUAGACAGGUGACGUUCACAAAACGCAAAUUUGGCUUGAUGAAAAAAGCCUAUGAGCUGAGUGUGCUGUGUGACUGUGAGAUUGCCCUGAUCAUCUUCACAAGCAAUAAUAAGCUGUACCAGUAUGCCAGCUCAGACAUGGACAAGGUGCUGCUCAAAUACACAGAGUACAAUGACUCUGUGGUCAGUCAGACUAACAAGGAUAUUGUUGAUAUGCUGAACAAAAAGGAAAGCAAGGGUGGUGAUGCUGAUGGUGAUGAUGACGAUUAUCCCCUUUCUCCUCAAACUGAUGAAAACUACAGAAAAAUAGAUGCGGCAUUUGCAAGAGCUAUGAAUGAUGGAACCGUCAAGACAACAGUGCAGCAAGUAUACCAGCUGCCAGUGCAAGUCCCGUCAACACAAUACACAACCACCCCAGUGAGCAUGGCUGAUGGAUCUGUUAUUGUCCUGCAGCCUCCGCCUGUCUCCAUGUCUCAUUCAGCUCCUAGUCCAUCAGAUUUCUCACAAGCGAGUGCUGCUGCAGCUGUAGCAUCGACCUCCACCCAGUCGAUGACGCCAUCCGCUGGCAAGAGACCCGGUUUGAAAGUGCUUAUACCAGAUAGAGCACCAUCUGUCACACAGACAAGACUUCCAGGGACUGCCUUAGAUACGCCUAAUGUUUCUAUAGCAACACCUAACCAAGGCGCAGGACAUAAUACCAUUCAGGCCAUCAUUGCAUCAGAUCUUCUGAACAGCGCUGACAUAACUGGACUGUCUCCCUUGGUCUAUCAGUUCAGCAGUCAAGGACAAGGUCCGGGUCCCCUAACUGCGGCGUUGCAUGCCUCAGGUGUAACAUUUACUCCAGGAGGUUCCAUGUCAUUGUCAUCUUUGUCAUCAACCCCCCUCAGUAUUUCAAUGGUACACAAAGGAAAUCUCAUCAAACAGGAGCCAGGUUCACCAAUAAAACAUGACCAGCAGCUGGCUGCUGGUUCCUCUGUGACUCCGCCUCUGAACCAGCCGUCGGCAGUUUCAGCCAGAUCUAAUGAACCGCCUGAAAAAAGGUCUCGAUUGGAAACUGAUGGUUGA